UACAAAAUAUGAUUAUAGAUAAUUACAAUUCCAAUAUUUAACACUUAUUAAUACGCGUCGCAUAUUACAAAACUAUUUUUAACCAUUCAGUUUUCCAAUAUGCUUAUAUAUAGCAUUGGAACUCUUAUCUCUUAGAAAGUGUUCAUUAAACCAAGACAGAAGUUUCUUUUAAACAAAAAUAACAGGCCUAUGAAUCACAUAACGUAACAUAGACCGAUAAAUUUAACACUGCUCCAUUUAAACUCUAAAGAUAAACAACUGACAGGCCAGUUGCUUUGGUGAGAGCAUGAGUGCCCCCUCCAGUCCUCUUCAACUAGAUCAAUAUUCCUAACUGAAGGGAGACAGUGGUUGUGCAUGCAGUGAGAAGGGGUGUGUGAAUCAAGUGAUUCUAUAGGUAAAGCCUGUUGCUGCUACCACAUUUCUAAGCUCGCAAAGCGUGCAGCAUCAAAUGACACUCAUUCUGCGACGAUUAGCUCUAUUCAUAAAGCUGAUUAAUAAUUAGAAAAUUCAGUGAUGUGCUGUGGACAUAUCAAAGGAUUAUGGAUAGACUGGCUAAUUGGACUCAUGGUAUAAACGCAACAAUCCCAGCACCUGUCACGGGACAAAACUGUGUGUCAAAUAUAUCAAAUACUGUGAUCGUAGACAAAUCACUGGUUACUGCUCCAUCAUGGAAUUCAGUACAACAAGACUUAACAUGGACUUUCCUAUUGCACAUUUACGGCUUCGCAUGCCUCUUCUUUGUACUUGGGUUUUAUACUUUCUUCUCUAUUCUAAAUUUAAGGUCUCUCAUAUCAAGCCGACCGUUUAUGUCGACCAUUAAUAUAUUCUUAUGUCUGCUCGGAGUAUCGAGAGCUGCUUGCCUGUUCAUAGAUUCGUACAAUCUCAAGGAGACAAUGCCCAAAGUGAUCGGAUUAAUUAUGUGGGACAUUGGAUAUCCGUGCAUCACAUCUGCCUUUUGUCUGAUCCAAUUGGCGUUCCUACAAUUGACACAACUAAAAUUUGGCCCAGAGAGAAUGCAGAAGGAAUCCUGCCUCAGUCUUAUCAUAACAGCUCACUUCUUCUUUAUUAUCGCCAGCGACGUCGUUCUAGUCACUCAUAAUUACUACAUAGCGAAAUACGUAUUGCAAACGAUAUUUCUCACAGUCAAUGUGCUUAUAUAUUUGACGUUCUUACAUGCCGGUUAUAAAAUCAAUCACUUACUCCGAACUAUGCCGAGCAGUAUGUUGACCCGGGACAAUUCUACCGCACAUCAAAAAGGUAUCAUGCAGCUCGCAAUGCUGGCGCCCUAUAGCAAUCUGGCAACUUCGGUCGCGGCCGCGCUGGUACCUACUUUACUCGGCCCUAAGAUAAAGGAUCAGGAAAAGAACGAGACUGCAAACGCAAAUAAGAAUAAUACGGAGGAAGCUCCUCAAGAAUCGCAGAUCACGACUACCGCAAAGGUAUGCAGGAUAGAGGAGCCAGUGCAAAAGGAAGUUCACAACACUACGAUAUCUACAAUACAAUCGCCAUCGCAAGAACAGAAAUCGGCUGUACCAGAGGUCUAUGUGAGACCACCCACACCUACGCCGUCGACCACCAAUCUGCCGAUCAUAACCGUGUCCAGUCCGAGUCGCAGAAGCUCCGUGGGCAGCCGACGAGGUAGCGACAUGUCCGCACAGUCAGACAAGUCUUCGCGCAGAAAUUCCGAGUGCAGCGUCAGGUUUGUAAACGAGGAAGACACGACGACGACGACAGAGUACAGGCGUACAACGGAGGGCAGUCCGCGACACAGAAUGCGCGAGGAAAUCGAGAGAAGUCGCUCGCCCGACAGCAUAUCGCGACGUUAUUCGGAGAAUAUCACGCCGACGGGAAGCACCAGAGAGCUGCGUAGAUGCUCCGAUUUUACGCAUGAAAAGAACCGCGGCUCGCAGUUCGCGACCAAGCUGCGGAGGAAUAGCGACUUCGGUAAUAGGACACCUAGGCGAAUGUUGCCGCUCGAAGAACAUUCCAGGUUGCCCAAGGUUCUAGAUCUCAGUCCCACAGGUUCAAGACGCAAUUCCGAUAUCGGUACCUUCGUACCACCUCGAAUUGACUCACGCAGAAAUUCUGAAAGCACGUACCGACGCAACUCCGAGUUCAUUCACAUUAAGCCGUUAAUUAUCAGCCGUCGAAGUAGCGACAUAAGUAUUCGAACUCUGGACAGGAGUCCCACUCACUUUCAGAGUAUAGUUUCACCUGCAAAGGUAGAAACACAAGAAAAAUCCGAGUCCGAUUCGGAUCAACAUGAUUGCAGCGAAAAAGCAGCGCUAAUGAACGAAAAGGCCAAGGGUAAGGAGGAGGAAACGAAGAUACGCAAGAAGAAUUUAUCGUGGAAGACUGAUAAAAAUAUGGAGGAUCCAGAGGACAUCACGGCGGAGACUAAUUUGCUUCCCGAGAACACGCCUAGCGAAGCAAGAGUUAUGGGUACAGAUUUCACUCUUCACUCGAUAUUGAAUCACAUCGCCUAUGUGAAUCGUGCGAAAUCCGACACACCGUUGCACAUACCGGAAGCGAACACUGCGGCUGCUAGAAAGUCUCAGGUUCAGAGAGUGUUAAACGUCACGUACACCACUGCAAUUUUAGGGAUCAUCCUGUGCAUUGUAGAUGUUGCUCGUAUUUUUGGACCAUAUGGACUUCUUGCCGAGACGGUGCCGUACGGUACAGAACCAGCGACCACGCAAUUUCCCAAACCAUGGCCGUGGUUGCUGUAUCAAACGCUGUGCAGGGCACUGGAACUCGUGAUAGGCUGCGCCAUGGCGAGUAUAACUAAGCAGCCGUCAGUAAGUCCGCGACAUCAGUAUCUUAGCAAUUAUCCUAAUUACUCGGCACGCGUAAAGCGAGGAAACAAUCUUUACAUAUGAAGCAAUAUACUUCACAAUCUCUUGAUCGUAAUCUGAAGAAUCGAGAUGUUAAAUGGGAAUUCUUCAGAUUUUUCACGAUUUGGUUCUGUAUUAUAUCGAGCGAGAAAUGAUAUCAGCCUUUAGCGUUAUUUCCGACAAUUAAUGUUUCUCUCUUUCUUUUCGCAGCGAUUCCUUAGGUUUGUUCGCGUUACUUGUACAUUUCACACUUUUACACCUAAUGCCCACUGCACUCCAAACAACAAAUUCUCCAAAAAACGUUUUAAGGACGCUUUUAGAACGGAAAGAUGUCAUCAGAAUAUUUUUAGGACGUCUUUUGAAGAUGUGAGCUGUCUGAAAAUGGAUAAUAUCCAAUCAAUUUAUUCGCAUUGAUUGAACUUUUUACACUUUCACACUUAGUGCACAUUACUUCUUUAGAGUUUCUAAAAAUGACGUCAUGAUUUCCGUUCGUGUUACGAGUGUAAAUGCAAUUCUGAUACACUUUUUACACUUGAUUCCGAGCAAAAACUCUGAAGAAGUAAUGUGCACUAAGGGUGAAAGUGUAAAAAGUUCAAUCAAUGCGAAUAAAUUGAUUGGAUAUUAGCCAUUUUCAGACAGCUCAUAUCUUUAAAGGACGUCCUAAAAAUAUUCUGAUGACGUUCUUCCGUCUUAAAAGCGUCCUUAAAACGUUUUUUGAAGAAUUUGUGUUGUUUGGGGUGCACUAAUGUGCAACAAGCAUUAGGUAUAAAAAUGUGAAAAGUACAUGGACGUAAGAAUAUAUGGACGGAGCAAAUUGUCGCGGGGGUGAAGCCCAAGCAAUGAGGGGAAUGAUUGUAUGUAUUGUAAUGGAGUUAUGAUACCAAGAUGGCGACAGUCGCUGUUUUUAUACACUGAACCCAAAAACGCUAGAUAUUCCUGGAAUAUUCACAGAAUGUUUUACAAAGCCAAAAUUAACAUCCCAAGAAUGUCUUAAAACAUUCCGGAAUACUUAUAGAAUGUUCAAGGAAGAUUCAAAUAAGUGCUAAAUAUUCCACUUUUUUACAAAUAUUGGCGAAUUGGUUGAAAUAAAAAACCAAUCAAUAUUUACUGACUUUACUUGAUUCCAAAUGUUACAUCACACUUAAAAAUUCUCACUAACACUGGGAUUCGAACUUGGACCUGAGGCACUUUAGGAUUAUGAGCCUAUUGCUUUAGACACUAUACCACUAUACCACUAUACUAUUUCUUAUUGUACAUGUAAGUAUGUUCAUGGAAUAUUCAUGGAAUAUUCUGGAUAUUCUGGAUUAUUUGAACAUUCUGUGAACAUUCCUUUAAUAUUCCGAUAUAUAGGGUGUCCCGAAACUACCGCAUGCUAUUUUAAUGGCAGAUUCUUUAGAACAUUUCAGAACGAAAACUUUCAUACAAAAAUGUCGAGGCUAUAAUAGUUUUCAAACGGAAAGCGAUUAUAUUUCACCAAUGACAGGGCUGAAAUAUAAUCGCUUCACGUUUGAAAACUAUUAUAGCCUCGACUUUUUUGUAUGAAAGUUUUUGUUUUAAAAUGUUCUAAAAAAUCUGAAAUACAAACGGAAUAUUCCAGAAAUAUCUAACGUUUACUGGGAAAAUAGAUACAAACUCCGGCACGAACAUGGCCGCGACGAUGUAAUCCUCUUGCCCCUUGGGCUUCACAGCCCCUGUCGCAGCCCUUGCCCCAAUCGCACUUUUCGCUCCGUCCAUGUAUUCUUACAUCCAUGGAAAAGUACAAACAACGCGAACAAAUCUCUUGAUUAUCCUAGAAUUAUUAUCAACAUAAAUAUUGAUGUAUGCUCCCCCACGAUAUACAUUCAUAUUCGUUGUUCCCUCCAAUGACCAACUUAGUUUUAACUAAAAAGUAUUAUCGUAUAUAAAAUAUCAUUGUAUGAAAUACCGUGUUAUUUUCAUAUAUAAUGAUAAUCACGAAUCGGUAACAAUUUUUAUUGAAAACUGUAAUGCAAAUACGUCAGUAUAUAAAAGAAAAAGGACCGUGUCUGAUAACACGUUAUACGCGAAGGCAUAGCAAUAGAUCAGUCCAACAUUCUAAAAAAAGGAGUACAUAUUUCGACGGCGUAUAUUAAAAAAAAAAGUGUUACUUUAUGAAAAACUGCUUUUAAUGGAAAGUGUUCAC